AUGCCUCACCGCAUCUACAGAAAAUCCUUUUCCUCAUUUGACAGGACAUUCCUGCUCCCUAGAAAUCGCUCCCUUUGGUGGAGCCCAGCGGUGUCCGAGAGCAGCAGCCGCAACCCCUUGGCUGCCCCCAGUCCUCUCCAGGGCUCGCUGGAGGCCUGCCUCUCCUCAGGGGUCCUGUAUCCCCCGGGGGUGGCGACUGACGACGCUCAGAAGUUCAAAGAGGCGGCAGGGCCCGCGGUCAGCAGCGCGCACGGGCCAACCAAGGUGCGCCUGCGCGAGAAGCGCCUCCGCGUGACUGACGGGGGAAUGCGCGGGCCAACAGGCUGGGCAUCAGAGCGCCGGGCGGGGGAACCUUCUGGGGCGAGCGGUUGGUAUUGCCGGCGCUUACUCUCUGGGGCCGCCCGGCGGGUAGCUGGCGUGGGGGAGGAGGCAGGAACCGCGAGGGCGCCUCAGGAGCACGGCGGUGGGGAAGGGGGCGGCUCGGGGCCCUGCGCGGCGUCCGGGGGAGGCGGCUUCGGGGGUUCAGUGGCGGCGGCGUCAGGCGGCAAAUCCAGUGGUGGGGGCUGUGGAGGCGGCGGUGGUUACCUGGCCUCCUCCUCUUCCUCCGUGGCGGCAGCGGCGGGGGCCGCGGUGUUACCGGUGAAGAAGCCGAAAAUGGAGCACGUCCAGGCUGACCACGAGCUUUUUCUCCAGGCCUUUGAGAAACCAACACAGAUCUAUAGGUUUCUUCGAACGCGAAAUCUUAUAGCGCGGUAACCAGUAUUUUUGCAUAGAACUCUUACUUACAUGUCUCAUCGAAACUCCAGAACAAACAUCAAAAGGAAAACAUUUAAAGUUGAUGAUAUGUUAUCAAAAGUAGAGAAAAUGAAAGGAGAGCAAACAUCUCAUAGCUUGUCAACUCAUCUGCAGCUUACAUUUACUGGUUUCUUCCACAAAAAUGAUAAGCCAUCACAAAAUUCAGAAAAUGAACAAAAUUCUGUUACCCUGGAAGUCCUGCUUGUGAAAGUUUGCCACAAAAAAGGAAAGGAUGUACGUUGUCCAAUAAGACAAGUUCCUACAGGUAAAAAGCAGGUGCCUUUGAAUCCUGACCUCAAUCAAACAAAACCUGGAAAUUUCCCGUCCCUUGCAGUUUCCAGUAAUGAAUUUGAACCUAGUAACAGCCAUAUGGUGAAGUCUUACUCAUUGCUAUUUAGAGUGACUUGUCCAGGAAGAAGAGAGUUUAAUGGAAUGAUUAAUGGAGAAACCAAUGAAAAUAUUGAUGUCAAUGAAGAACUUGCAGCUAGAAGAAAACGAAAUCGUGAAGAUGGAAAAACAUUUGUUGCACAAAUGACAGUAUUUGAUAAAAACAGGCGCUUACAGCUUUUAGAUGGGGAAUAUGAAGUAGCCAUGCAGGAAAUGGAAGAAUGUCCAAGAAGCAAGAAAAGAGCAACAUGGGAGACUAUUUAUGAUGGGAAGGUAUGGACUACUUAG